CAAAACAAUCCGCGCCCGGUCUAAAUCUCGACAAUAGGCAGCUUUGGCUGGAGCGGCCAACUGUCCGGAUUCGGAUCGUGUUUUGAUUUCAAAGCAAAGCGGUUUUGGUUCCUGGCAUUAAACGCGAAAAACAAUACGAAGAGGCACAGAAAGCGUCGCGCCGUGCCAUAGCUUGUCCUCCUGUUGUUGGUUUCAAAGUUGGGCGCGUCACAGGUGCGCUCACAGAACAGCUCACUUUGAAGCCGUCGCGACCCUCUCGAAUAUGGGUCGCGCAAGUCUUUGGCAACUUGGUUGCAAGUUUCGAUCUCCAUAAAAUUGGGGGUCCGUUCCACCAGUAAUGUGGUAAGAGCCGACUGCUUAUUUUCUUGUGAGCACUGCGGCUGCGGCUGCGCUGCACUAGUAUUCUAUCCGGGCUGCAAAGUUUCUUUUUGUUCAAGCUGAUGCUGAACGAGAGAGUGAAGACGUGAAAUUUAGAGAGUAAAGUGAAUGGUGGGCCGCGAGAUUAUGCUCCGCCGCAGAGAAACAGAACCAGAAGCCGAAACGUGUAUGGUUGACUCAACCGAAGAACAAAGUCAUGAUAAACAAGAAAUAGUAAGUGCGCAGGUCCCUGUGUCGCCAAGCGCGCCCGGUUGCGCGCUCGUAUGGUUUUUUUUUGUUGCGCAGGAGUAGGAGUACCAUUCGCAGCUCGUUGUUCUUUUUUUUUCGACAUUGUUGUAUAUGCUGACACACGCCAUGCCGCUUUACCUUCACGCUUUCUCUUUCAAUUUCAAACUGACGCAGAAGUAGAUCAUUGGUUCUUUUCACCUCACUUGAAGAGCAACGCAGUUACAACUACGCCGCAUAGAGAGUAAGUGCCUAGGUUCUUUUUAAGUAAGUAGUUCUCCUUCUUCAACUUUAUUUUUGAGUAAUUUUCUGCAAACCAGUGUGAGCAGAUAUAGAGUGGAGAAAAAUGGCGGUCGAAAUAACCGAGACCGGUCGCGUUGUAUCAUCUGGGAGUUCUGUUUCUCUUUCGUCAUGGUCUGCUUUUUUGCCUGGUUUGCGGAGCACCAGCGGUGAAGUUGGUUCUCCAAGUCGUGGAGCGGUGUCAUCGUCUUUUCCACGCCCAAGACAACCGGCAGAAAACUACGAAAAAGCUAGAGUGGACGGCAUGGAAACCUCGUUUAUUGCAUCGGCGUCUCGGAGGUGGAUUUCUGGCAACGGAACAAGAAUACGUUCGUCCGCGGCUUCGCAAUCUUUACCGACGCGCAUGGCGAGACGACUACGACACAGAAAGAAUAAAGAACGAAGCAGGUGGCACAGCGAUGUCGCCAAGCCUGCACCUAGUGAACUUAAGACUGUGCAACUGAAGUUUGUGGUCGAUCCGGCAGCUGCUACUACCCGCAAUGUGAACGAGCAGGAGCCCGAGCCUGACAAGGCCGUCUUCCCCAUCGUAACAAGAGCGCGCUCUGCUCUAGCAAGACUUGCGGGCCAUGCGGCCAUCACUGGCAAAGAAAUCGCACCUGUGCUGCGGACUUGUUCCACGCGCCAACGAAAGCGGUGCAAGAGAACGCAAAAGACUUCUACUUUCCCUUCGCUGAGGUCCUUUUGGAUAACGACUGUGGUAACGGUUUCCGCGUUUUUGAGUGAAGACCCCUGUGGCUUGUUUGGCGACUCUGCCUUCGAAGACGCGGACGAGUUCUACGAGUGCGCCGCCCGCUUUCUCGUUUCGCACGAGGACACUCUACGAAAGACGCGGGACUACGGGCUGGCCGGUGGGUAUAAGGCGACCAUCCAGCGGCUGUGGUACCUAAGACGGGAUGACCUCGCCGAAAAGAUCUUCAAUCAGGCCAAGGCGAAAAAAGGACUGACGUGGCCUUCGGUAUGAUGAAUUCGAUUUGAUUAUUGAUUUAUCAAGAUGCGUGAUGAAUACUGCUGCGUGGUCGAGGCGCGGGCGCCCACAAUUAUGGCGAACCUGUAUUAACAUUUAGUGACAUACAAAACUCCUCAUGACACUUAGGUAUACUGGACACCCACCGUAUUUUUCGAAGAAGCCGACCAAGGCAGUACGGGACUCUACGAUUGCGAACGCGCCUGGGACGGUGACAGUAUCUCGAACUUCGCAUGGCCGUCCGGCCCGUCGGGCAAGGGCGGCCGGGACGGAAAAGGCAAGGGAGUGCAGAAAUCUUCGGCAACUGGAAAAGAGAAAAGCGUAGGAGCUUCUUUGGUUUCUUCCCACACGACGGCACUUCCUCGCACGCUGCCGCAAUUGCUAAAGGAGAACUUUUCCGCACUGAAGAAAGAGUACAUGUCCGUGCCCCGCUCGUUGUUUCAACCUGCCUUCUCGUAUCUGGACCGCGACGGGUCUUGGGAGGUGCUUUGGGUCUACCGCAAGUCGCGCUGGGAGAACGAGGAGCUGUGUGCGCAGUACCUGCCGGGGUUGUGCGCGCUGCUGAAGCAGGUGCUUCCGUCGCCAGAAGCAUCUGACUACCCUUCCGUCCGUUGCCGGUUCCUCGGUUUGAAAGGAAAGGAAUGCGAUAAAAAAGUCCGUAAGUCGGCGGAUUCGAGCAUGCAGAAACUGCUAAAUUCGCGAGCCGAAGCGCUAGACAACACCGAGGAAGUUCUGUUUCUCCGCAUGCAGGGCAGCGCGCGCACCUCGCCGCAUUGCGGUCGCUCGAAUUCGCAGGUCAACCUCCACUUGACGCUCGAAACGCCACAGAGUAUAUGACUUUGCUUCUUUUACGUUUGGAAACCUAUCAAAGUUUUUAGCAAGUGAUUCAGAAAUAACCCAAGCCGUAGCCGUCAACACCGUCUGUAUCUGUCUACGGACUAGGAUAGUUUGAGCGCUUCAGAAGCAAAACCAUGCUCAAGAUAAACCCUUUUUCUAUUUCUUUUUUGCAAUCUCUAUCUCUUCAGGCUCCAGUUCAAAAGCUUUGCUCACGGUGGGCGAGGAAAGCGUGGAGCAGGUAGCGGGAAGCAUGUACUGUUUCAACGACGGAAUGCGCCACAUUGCGGAGUUUACUAAUCCCGAGAAAACCGGCGUCCGGACCGUGUUGGUCAUCCGGGUCACCAAAUUUCAAGCGAAGUCCGCCGCCAUCUCCGCCACAGAGUCCGUCCGACAAGCGACAUUGCCUGCUUCCACGGACGUGAAUACCAGGGCUGCUGGGUCUAGUUGGGUGGAUGAAGCUUCAGGCCGCACCGACGAGUUGUAAUUGUAUUGUUCUUCGGCGGGGGCGGCAUAACAGGACGAGGAGUUGCUUCGAACUAUUUCUAUUGGGGUACGUCGCAGUCUCCGGUUCUGCCGGUUCGUUCUGGGGGUCGUGACAGGAAUCGGCAUGUCGAUCAACGGAACGAACAGAAAAAGUUGUAUUACACCCGAAUGAGACGCUCCUCCGUACCCCUGGUUGUUCUUUAGCGGGCGUUGUCGAGGGGCUCUCUUGCAUACCAAAUUUUUUAUUUGAAGACAGCAGUUCUUAGUUACUCUCGCCCAGGUAGUUCUUUUUGACGCCAUACUCAUGAACCGCUUCGCCUCAUGAAAACUUUUCAUGGCAGCUAACUCAGUUCUUGAUGUCCAAAUCAAUCGUACGGCCCGUUCUCAGAUGAAGAUGAAGUUCAGAAUUGUUGGAGAAACGCAAUUCUGAGAUGAACUUCUCCGGCAAAGUGUAAUGUUCGUGCCUUUGUUUGCCAAUAGCAACGAAUACGAAUACGAAAUCGUAAGACAGAAAGAUCACGACGACCCUGCACCUCCAAAUUUGACAGCACCAACACAAGAAGAAAUUGCUAAAGAAAGUGAGUUCAGCCUCUUUGCCGAUCCGUACACCCAAAUGUUGAAGAUCAGUAUCAUGAUGAUGCCUCCAGUCCUUAUGGAUCUGUUACUUCAACGAUCUAGAUGACCAUUGCUCGGUAAUUUCGAGCGCUUUAUUGAUUGCGAUCAGAAUUCGUGCAGCACUACUUCUGGAAAAA